AGUUGCCGUUUCUCCGUUGCCGAAAGCAGACGUUUGAGCCGGUUUGAAUUCAAAAAUCUCGCUCUCCUGUUCGCGUUUGUGUUUUUGUUCGUUACGAAUUCAAAACAAAAACAACUACCGAGGUGAACACGCAUUUUGAGUUAUUUUUAAAAGAAGAAGCGGCAGAUUCUGCUCUUUUUUCUCGGUUUCUCCAUGCUGAAACCGAAAUAAAACCCAACAACAACCGAAAAACCGAUUUUGUGAGUGCAAUAAACCAAACUGCAGCGGUGUAAAUAUGCGUUGUUCGGUGUGUGUUAGUGCGGUGCAUCUACGAAAAUAAAACACGCAUCAAAAAGUAUACAAUCCUAUAUAUAUACUCUCAUCUAUAUGCAUGAGCCGAUCCGAGUGAAAUUAUUUGCCUAGAAAUUGGUUGGCCGAAUAUUUGAAAGCCCCCAAUAUUUGCAUAUAAGCCGCAGUUUGACAGUCACCGAGCAAGAGCGCAAAAACCCGUCAAACGGGUUAAAAAACUCGUAAAAAGAGAUAUUUAUGGAAAAAAAAUUGUUACUGUUUUGUGAGAGCAAAAUUGCCGAAAGCAAAAGGUUAACAAAAAUUAUAGCAAUUACCGGAGAAUAUAUUUUUAACCGCCCUCUAAGAAAAAACCCUAUCAGAGAUAUUGCAGUGCUAUAAGUUUGUGAAGUAACGAAGCAGCAACUGCAAUUUCAGCAUCAGCAGCAUCUGGGAAAAUAGUAAUUUGAUCUAAGCACGCCCACAAUAGGAGCAGAAACCCUUCAAGAAGUAAACUAAAAAAGCCACAGCAUCAACAGCACCAGAAGAACAAAAUAAUAGCUUGAAGACAUACAAGAUAUAAUAUCUACAGCAGCAACUUUAAGAACUAUACACAUCCUCAAAAUUUAAGGGGAAAAUAUGCACUUUAUCGAAUACAAGUAACCAAGUUAAAGAAACUGGAACUGCAACCUCAAAGGAUUACAUCUGUACUUUGGCUUAGAAGAUCCGGAGCAGAAGCUUAUGAUUGACCCGGAACCAAUGCAGUACUAGGACAAACUUUUUGAAGCAGCAGCAGCAAUCGCAGCAAGAGCAGCCGCAGCAGUACUUACUGCAGCAGCAGCACCGAGCAGCAACAAACAACAGUGGCAUUUUACAGCGAAGGUGCCGAAAGACGUUGGGUGCGUCAGGCAGUCAUGGGGGUAUUGAGAUGGCGCGAUUCCCCCGGAUCGCGGAUAUCGGGCUCAAUUGGCAAUAGCAGCGGCAACAGCAACAACAAUCACCACCACAGCAGCAAUAGCAACAGCAGCAGCGGCAACAACAACGCUCAUCAGCAGCAACACAACAACAAUCACAUCAACAAUAAUAUGAACAACAACAACAAUCGCGAGAACCACCAUCGCGGCAGUAAUGCGAGUGAGGAGCGCGUGCCCCAGCCACACUCACCCCACGACAGUCACGCCCAUCCGCACAACGGUGGGCUGCAGCACUCGGGAUCGCGGGCAACACUGCGCCACUCGAUGAAUCACUCGAGCAGCUCCACAGUCUCGGGCUCCGCCUGCAGCUCGACGCCCGCCUCCCCGCAACUGAGUGGGGUGGUCAGCGCCUCUGGAUGCCAGCUGCUGUCCAACGGACACCACUACCAAUCUCAGUCGUCGGUGAGCUCCAACUCAUCGAUCGUUUCGGCCAUUCCCGCCUCGCAGAGAUUGCUGGAGGAGGCGCUGGCCAAACCAGCACCGUACCCCAUGAUCUUGCUGCCACUGCACGGUGGUUACUGGAUGGAUGGCACCGAACAUGAGUGCGGCUACGAUGCGAGAGGAAAUCCUCUGCUACCACAGACUACCUGGAUGGCAAAGUUCGAGACGGACGAUACGGCCAAGUGCUACAGGAGAUUCUAUGCCGCCAGGGAGCACUCGAAUUUGAUUGGACUGGAUGAGCAGUUGGGACCGAUUUUGCUUUCUAUUAAAACGGAAAAUGUAGCCAACCAGGAGCACAUGCGAAUCCUGAUGAGAUUGAGAACUGGUACGAUGCAUGAGCUUCUACCGGUAUCAUGCCUAUUACCACAGCCAAGUCCGGCAAAAAUGGCGCAUACACUGAACGAAAAUAUCACAGUCGAGCAUUUCAUGCCGAUUUUGUGCCCCAAGGCCUCGCAACUCAUCAGUGUAUACGACGAGCAUGUUCUCGUUUCGCACUUCAAGUUUGGAGUGCUCUACCAAAGAUAUGGACAGACCACCGAGGAGGAACUUUUCGGUAACCAGCAGACAUCACCAGCUUUCGACGAAUUCUUGGAUGUCUUGGGUCAAAGGAUACGUCUGAAGGAUCACAAGGGCUACAGGGGUGGGCUUGACAUUCAGAAUGGUCACACGGGCGACACAGCUGUCUAUGAGGUCUUCAAGGAGCGAGAGAUCAUGUUCCAUGUAUCCACACUAUUGCCGCACACCGAAGGCGAUCCACAGCAGCUCCAGAGGAAGCGACACAUUGGCAAUGACAUUGUGGCCAUCGUUUUUCAGGAGACUAACACUCCAUUCUCACCCGACAUGAUCGCCAGUCACUUUCUGCACGCUUUCAUCGUGGUCCAGCCCAUUGAGCCGAAUACACCACAUACCCGGUACAAGGUCAGCGUAACCGCCAGGGAUGAUGUUCCCUUCUUUGGUCCCACUCUGCCGAAUCCCGCAGUUUUCCGCAAGGGACAGGAGUUCAAGGAGUUCAUCUUGACCAAGCUGAUCAAUGCUGAGAAUGCGUGCUACAAAGCUGAGAAGUUUGCAAAGUUGGAACAGCGCACCAGGACCUCUCUGCUCCAGAAUUUAUGCGAGGAACUGCGGGAGAAGACUCGCGACUUUCUGGGAACCGAUCUUUCCCAGACGUCGGCAGGAAGUCCUACACCCGAGACCCCGAAAGCAGAAAGUGGUAGUGGCGGCAAUGCCGGCUCCCGCUUUAUCGAUACGGUGAAGAAGGCUUUAAUCAUGAGGGUGCGCUCACAGAGCGUGGACACCGGAAAUGGUCAUGGACCUGGACAAACGGAUAAAUUCAGUGUGAACACGAAGCUGGGCACAUUGAAUUCCAAGAAGGAGACCCAUCCCGAAAUGCAGACACCCAAUCUAAAUACCUGCAGUCGCACGGCCUCCAAGUCCUCAUCCAAGUCGAAGUCAUCGAACGAGUCCACUUCCUCCUCCCCGGACAUUACCUCUCGCCAGGCGAACAACAACAAUACCAAUUCUAUAGGUGGACACCUCCCCCAAAAUGGAACCGGCGGGGGCGUGGUAGCAGCGGCUGUGAGUGCCGCCCAAAACGGAGUGGUCGCAGUGGCCACCAUGUCGGAAACGAGCGAUGAUUCCAGUCUGAAUAGCGUGGAUCUCGAUCCAAUGAUGGCGCACUUGGACGGCGGAGCCACCUACAUUGACAGUGAUACUGGGCUAGAAAGCAUGAGUUCGGCAGAGGCCACCACCAAGGCGUGCUCCCUGUGCUUAGAUGGUGUCCAGUCCACCAUAAUGGGUAGUUCCCCCAGCAACGAGACGAUCGUGAAGAUCGAGAAUCUGCGCCAGGAGGUCACACGUUUGAAGUGCGACAAGCUGGAUCUACUCAGACAGAAUGUGACCUGUCAGCGCGACAUCAAGCGACUUCGGGAGCGGGAACUUUCCCUUCAAGGCGAUCUAUCGGCAGCUGGCAGAGAAAUCCUACGACUGCGGGAUCUCCUCAAGGAAUAUAUGCCCGAUACAGCUUCAGCACCACUCUCCAUAUCGCCCAUCUAAGCGUAUAACGCAAACCUUUGAUAAACCAAUGGAUGAGGCAGGAAGGCAGGAAUAGGAGUAACCACUGUGCCGUGUAUAACACUUUGGAGAAAGGGAUCGCAGAGUCGUUUGGAGAGUUGAAUAGCAGACAGUUGGCGUAGCCCUCAAAACCCCAAGACCCCCAAAACAAAAACAAAACAAAAACUGUAUUAUAUUUAGUUUACGUAGCUGUAGAUGUAGAUCCCCGCAGAUCGGACAGGUAGCAGCAGGCAUGCCCAUGGACAAGUUAUUAUAUAAACUACAUACAAACAGUUACAAACUAAACUAAACAAAGCGAUAAAACAGCAAAUGAAAACAGAACACAAAACUCAAAAAAGUACACCAAAUAUAUAAUAUAAGUCUUUAAGCAUAUUUAACGCAAGAAUAACAACCCUAACCGUACAUCAUAAUCCCCCAAACCAAUUCCAGAACCCAUCCCAACUUUAACCUAAGUAGAAAGCGAUCAAUCACAAUGCAUCACACAGAGAUCGAUAUCGAUAUAUUAUGAUAAUAAUCACAAAUGAAACAAAAACCAAUGUAGCAAAGUUUUGAGGUUUACAAAACCGUUACUCGUUCGUUAAUCGCACUCGUAAACUGUUACUGUUGCCGUGACUGCUACUGUGACUCUCGCUUCACAUUUCAUACCCAUAAUGGAAGAUAACUAAAUUAUGAUCGAUAUAUGAUUUUACAUUUAAACACUUUACAAAAAUCACUCUGCGAAAUAAAGAAGAAAGAGAGGGAACUCUUAACCUUAAGUUUAAGUUGCUUUAAAUACUUUUACCUAAACUGUAUGUUAAUUAAUUAUGACUUAAGUUUAACCAAACGCAAAAACCACAACAUCAAUGAAUUGAUGACUCACGAAUAGAAUUUGCAUGCCGCAUUCAAUGUAUAUAUAUGUAGGAGCGAUGUAUAAUUCUCGAUCCACAUACGGAUCUGUCGAAAUUAAUUAUGACUAUUUUAUUUUCUAAUCGAUUACUGAAAUACCAAUAACCGACAAAUGAAAGCCACGCAAAUUAAAACCAAGCAAGUGGUAUAUGGGAAAUGAAUUCCAAAAGCAAAAGUUACACGCAAUCAUUAAUUUUGUCUUUGAAAUCUAUCCGAUAAGUACCGCGAAUAAUUGUUUUUGUUGAGAUGCAUUAUCAUUUUUAUUGUGUAAAGUAUAAAAAACCAACAAAUAUAUGCAAAAUAUAUGGAAUAUAUAC